AUGGGUAUUCCAGGAUUUUUUCGCUGGCUGGCCUCACAUUAUCCAGCAGUCGUAGAAAGAGUAACUCCCGGCGUGAAACAAUCUGCGGACUUUUUAUACCUAGAUAUCAAUGCACUUUUUCAUACCGCAAACAUAAAGAAAAAAGGUAGAGGGAAAAGUGGUGGAAAGUUGACCUCGGCAUUAAUGCUGUCGAAGGUUUUUCGACAAAUGGAUGACGCCAUAGAUUUAUUUGAUCCGAAAAUGCUCGUAUACAUUACCAUGGAUGGCGUAGCUCCAAGAGCAAAGAUGAAUGAACAACGUGUUCGUCGAUACCUUGCCGUUAAUAUAAAACCUAAAUUACCAGCGGUUGUUCCACCAAUAGGUAUUCCCUCUUCUUCACCUGCUUCAGAAGAAAUUGCUGUAGCUAAUGAAGAUGCAAUGACAAUUGAAGUAGCUGGUACCGAGGUUGUCGGCAAAGAUGGAGAGGUUGCCGAGGGAAGUACAGGCUUUUUUUUGCCUGGUGAAUCGGUCGCCAUUACUCCUGGUACAAAAUUUAUGCAAGCCGCAAAUGAAGCAAUAAGAUUUUAUAUUUUCCAAAGAUUGAAUGGUCGUCGAAGACAUCUUCAGAUCAUCUUUAGUGAUUCCAGUGUACCAGGUGAAGGUGAGCACAAAUUAUUCCAAUUUUUGAAAACGCAGCGCAUGCAAAGUGGUUAUAAUCCGCAACUUCGCCAUGUUGUCUGUGGUGGAGAUGCCGAUUUUAUCAUGUACUCGCUGAUGACCCACGAACCACAUCUUCGAAUAUUAAGACCUGGCAUGGGUAAAGAUUUGGACAUUCUACAUGUGGCGAAACUACGUAAACAUCUUAUCAACGAUAUGAUGCCCAAAGAUUCACCACCAAUGUCUGCUGCCGAUCAAGAUAAUUUGAUUGAAGAUUUUGUAUGUAUAUCAAUGUUGCUCGGCAAUGAUUUUUUGCCCAAGCUUCAAGGCGUUGGAACAGCAGUGAACAUUUUAAUGAAAGCAUAUAGAGAAUGCCACAAAAAUAUGGGUGGCUUCAUUACAGAAAAAGGUGGUACUAUUAAUAUUAGUAGAUAUCUGGUUUUCCUUGGAUCGUUGGGAAAUCAAACACUUCUUAAAGGUGAAAAACUAGCAGAUCUAUCUCAAAUAUAUUCUAACCGAUUUAAUAUCGAUCCUGAAACCCGAGCCAAAAGAGCCAAUGAUUACAUGAGAACAUUAUGUUGGGCUUUUCAAUAUUAUACUUCAGGUUGUCCAAGUUGGCGAUAUUUCUAUCCUCAUCAUUUCCCUCCGUCAAUUUUGGAAAUCAUUAAAAAUGUCAACCCAACAGACUUUAAUCAAAAGUUUAGUCCCGAUCAACCACUAAGACCGUUCGAGCAAUUGAUCUGUGUUCUUCCGCCAACUUGUGAUUCACUUGUUCCAGAACCAUUCCGUGAUUUGUUAACGGACCCUAAUUCACCUCUAAAAGAUUUCUUCCCGAACAAGAUGCAAGUUAUCUCGGACGUUGGUAUUUUACCUUUUAUCGAUGAAAAAGUACUACUUGAAUCGAUGGCUCCCCGAUAUCCAAAAUUAAGUCCCGAAGACCAAAAAAGAAAUACUAUUACAGGAAAAGUUCAAUUAUUUGCAGGUCGAUUUGCACCAUCAUAUCCAACAUUGCGCUCUCUUGGAAAUGGUUAUGCAACAACACUUGGAUUAUCUGCGUCAGUGGGUAUAUUUGGUACACUCACGCAAGAUGCUCCUUUACAAAGAGUAAUUGAGACUCCUAUCAAGAAAUGGGGUGACAUCAAUUUCAAUACCGUCUAUAAUGUACUAUACCAAUUACCAAGCGCAAUUAAAGGUGUUCCGCAACGAUUGACUCCCCCACCACGAUCACCUUCCCCAUCACGAUCAUCUUCUGCGCAACAAUCAUCUUUUACGCAAAGAACUAUUAACCUGGUGCGAAGCGCAACUCAUCAAAAACCUCAAACAGGUAAAUAUGGCCAAGGAACGGAUCCAGAAAAAUCACCACAUAAAGGCAAAUAUCAAGAUAGGUCGCAAGCUGACAAAUCUCAUUUUGGACCAUAUCAAGGCAAAUAUCCACAAACCGUCAAAUAUCCAGAGAGAACUCAGAGCGGGACAUUUCAGGGAGCACAGAAAACACAGGGGGCACAGAAAACGCAAGGAACGUACCCAGUAACACGUCAAUUUCCUCACCUGAAUAAAACUAGUACAAAUAAUCGGAUACCACCAAGAACAGUGAUUCCUCCGCAUCCAAUCAAAAGGCCGAGAACUCAAACACCAACAUCUUCACCUCCACCUCGAGCAUCUCAAAGUAACAAGAGCUUUUCGCAUCUAUCAUCAUCGUCAGUUGAUUCCUCUGCAAACGAAUGA